AAGGGGGUGAAAGAGGGAGUGUGGAGAGUGCAGCAGACGAAAUGGAGCUUGAGCGAGGAAUCUUCACGCACUUCGUUUUAAUCACCAUUUUCUCCGCCUGUGUCUACUGUUCGGACUGCGUGUGGAACAAAGACAAGGACUUCCCUCAAUACCCACCGCUCAUCCUCGAUUCCAGUUUCGAGUUUGUACUGCCGGUGGAGGAGGAUGGCAACAGGGUGGUCAGGGUGGCGGCGGGAGAGACCGUGACUCUGGCAUGUCCAGGCGACGAGAUCGAAAACUUGCAUCAGGUGGAGGCGGAGGCUCGCUGUCUCGAGAACGGCCUCCUGGCUAUCGAAAACUCAGAGUGGGAUAUGGCGAGCCUGGGCUGUGGCGAUGACGUGAAGGAGGUGAUCUUCCGCGACCAGGGAGCAUGCGGCGCUGGGAACAUCGGAAUCCUGCACGAGAUUGGCUUCGAGAUAUUAAGUGCGGAGAAAUUCAAGAAGGUUCUUCGAGUCUGCUUCGAUCCCUCCUUGGAGACCACCCUGUACACAGAGCACCUCAUCCACGGCGCCAACAUCGCCGCCAAGGACAUUGACUCGUCCAGGCCAUCCUUCAAGAGCUCUACAGGCUUCUUCAGCGUGUCCAUGAGCACCGUGUAUUCCCAGAGCUCACAGCUGGAACUCAUGAUAAAGCUUCUUGGUGACGAGGACCUCGCCCAUCAGAUCAUAAACACACACAAGCAGUUCUACUUCGCCAAAGGCCACAUGUCCCCAGAUGCCGAUUUCGUAUUAAUGGCCAACCAGGACGCCACUUACUACUACAUCAAUGCCUUGCCACAGUGGCAGGCCUUCAACAACGGGAACUGGAAGUACUUGGAAUUCGCCACGCGGGAUCUGGCGGAGAAGAAGAGGCGUGAUCUUCGGGUGUACAGCGGCGGGUGGGGCGUUCUGGAGCUGAUUGACAUCAAUGGUAAUCCCGUGGAGGUUUUCCUCGGAUUGGCGCAAGAGAAGAAAGUGGUGCCCGCGCCUGCAGUCACUUGGAAGGUGGUGCACGAUGAGCUCACUAACUGCGCCGCCGCCAUCGUGGGCGUCAACAACCCGCACCUCACCUCGGCCCCCUCCACGCUUUGCGAAGACCUGUGCUCUUCACUCCCGUGGAUCGACUUCGACGUGAGUGAUCUGGGGCACGGCUACACCUACUGCUGCUCUGUGGCCGACCUGCGAGCCGCUGUCCCUCACGUGCCUGAGCUCGGGGAAGUGUGUCUGCUCACCGAGUAAGCGGAAUGUGAGCUUGAUUCACUCCAGUGCUAUCGGCGAAGACAGUUUCAGACGUAUUAUCUAAUUGCUGGAGAUUAAUUAUCAUUCUAUUCCCGUUUAUUCUUUGUACUAGGAUGUUAAGAUAAUUUCCAGUGACUUAUGUAAUGCAUAAUAAUAAGCCGCAAUAGUUAGGUUUAAUUAUGUAGCAACCUUGUGUCGAAAGGUAAACAUAUUAAGAAACAUAUAUUAGAAACCACACAUAGCUAACACGUCACUUAUACACUUUUCUUAAUGGCCACGAAUGAAACUUAUUGCUUGACUAACUCCUUGUUAAAGACUGCUUGCUUCAUAACGCGCUCCUCUAAACUUCACGUUGCACCUUCGUUUUUUUAUCUUAAAGUGAACCAACCAACCCUGCUAAAUAAACUAUACUGAAUGGGGAUUCAGGGAAGGACUCUAGAAUGAUUCAAAACUUUUUCACCAACAAAAACUCGUUACUAAUCGUAGAAGUUCAAUCUGGUACGACAAAAAUGCAUAAGAUCAUAAGAGCAUACGAAACAUAAGAACAUAAGAAAAUAAGGGAAGCAGCAAGAAGCCAUCAGGUCUACACGUGGCAGUCCCUGUAUUUAACAUACCUACGUAUUUCCAUCUGUCGUCCCUCGUAGGAACUUCUUAAGCUGGGAGCGUUAGUGAAUCCCAUCCCCCAUCCAUAAAUUUGUUUUAUCUUCCUUUAAAGCUUCCUAAUGACUCAGCACUAACACCCUGAUUACUGAGUCCAUUCAUUUAAUCUACCAGACAACUUGAGAACCAAUUCCUUCCUAUCUCUUUCUUGAACCUAAAUUUUUCAAGCGUGAACCCGUCAUUUCUUGUUUUAUCCCGAUUACUGAUUCUGAGAAUUUUGCUUACGUCCCCCUUGUUAUAACACUUAUACCACUUAAAGACUUCUGUCAGGUCCCCUCUUAACCUACGUCUCUCUAAGGAAUGUAAAUUUAAAUGUAAAUUAUUUAGUACAUACUCUUUCGAAAGCUGUAGUAUUGUCUCCUAACCUCACGUCUUGUACAUGAUAUAUCUGUAUAAACUAAGAUAAAGUUGCAAGCAGACAGUGACGUUAAGAAGACAAGUUCCUUCUGCUCUUUGUACUAUUUGGUGACUGUAACACAUAAUAAAUCGCGCUAUCGAAAAUAAACAACAAA